AUGGUGGGCGGCUGCCCCAUCCACCCGGCCUCACUGCUUCCCGGAGACCCGCAGCUCAUAGCGCUCAUCCUGGAGCAGCUCAAGAGCUGGGGCCUGACUGACAGCUUUCACAGGGACUGCCUGGCCGACGCGGACACCAAGCCAUCUUACCAAAACCUGAGGCAGAAUGUGGAUACUUUUGUGUCAACACAUCUGGAGAAGCAGGAAUGGAAUCCUACGAUGAACAAAAACCAAUUGAGAAAUGGUCUGAGGCAGAGUGUGGUAUAGUCAGGGAUGUUAGAAGCUGGAGUGGACAGAAUUAUUUACCAGGUGGUGGAUCCCAAGGUAAACCACAUCUUCAGGCCACAGACAGAGCGAGCAAUUCAUGAGUUCCUGGUGGCCCAGAAAAUAGAAGCUGUGCCAGCACCCCCUCCAGAGCCUGAAAGCCAGGACCCUCCAGCUCCAUCCCAGGAUGCUUCCUAAGAACAGGCCUGACACGUUUUGGAAGCUCCAUUGAAUUAAUUGUGAAGAAUUGGAUUCAAUUACAUAAGAG